GGUGUCCAGAACCCGCACUCACCCGGCAGCGGCGGGGCUACGGUCAAGGACGACACGCGGCGUCUGAGGACUCGUCCCCAGCUUCUCCGACCAGCAGAGGAAGUGGGGGCUGUUUGAUUCCAGUUGCCGGAAGUGCUGCUUCUGUGUUUCUGGUGCGCCGUGAGAUCGUGGCAAGACAUUGCUUCAAAUUCAGCCAUUCCCCUCAACCGUAAAAAUAUAUGAAUCAGAACUGCAUCUUACCUGGACAAAACUCUUGAGUAGACACCAGAAUGCUUUACUUCAUCCAGAAAAUUUCUGGAGCAUCUUCAAAGAUGCUGAAGAACCCUUUUACAGUGAGACUCAGAGCCAGCAGAAUAGAUAUACUUUCUCCUAAGACAUGUCUUCUGCAGAACUUUUCCUCUUUGUCUCCAAGAACUUGGCUUUCCACGUCAUUUCAAGUGUGUAUGAGGAAGAUACAAUGCUAUCAUGUGUCACCAUGCAACUUUAAAAAGCAACAGAAAGAGGCAGUCCUUCCCCCCAAGAAACCAAGCACCAUCACUUAUCUACGUGAUAGCCCAAAGCCGGCCUUAUAUAUAACUCUGGUGGGGUUGAUUCCCUUUACUGCUCCACCACUCCUCAUGGUAAUAACGAAGUCUUAUAUCCCCAUACUAGCUUUUACUCAGAUGGCUUAUGGAGCCAGUUUCCUAGCUUUCUUGGGAGGAGUCAGGUGGGGCUUUGCUCUGCCAGAAAGUAGUCCAGCCAAACCAGACUACAUUAAUUUAGCUAGCAGUAUGAGUCCUGUUGUGUUUUCAUGGAUAGCCAUCCUAUUUUCUGAAAGACUCAAUGAAGCCAUAGUCACGUUAAUAAUAGGUUUAGGGAUAGCAUUACACAAUGAACUUUUCCUCUUGCCACAUUAUCCCAACUGGUUCAAAGCCUUAAGGAUCAUAAGUACAGUAGUGGCUUUUAUCUCAUUUGUAGUCAUUUUAAUUCUUGAAAAUAUUUAUCCAGAAAAAGGGCCUAAGAGACUUGGUCAAGUAGAAAUGUAAAACUACUUUCUUUCUUUCUUUCUUUCUUUCUUUUUUUUUUUGGUUUUUUGAGACAGGGUUUCUCUGUGUAGUCCUGUCCUGGAACUCACUCUGUAGACCAGGCUGUCCUCGAACUCAGAAAUCCGCCUGCCUCUGCCUCCCAAGUGCUGGGAGUAAAGGCGUGUGCCACCACCGCCCAGCUAUAAAACUACUUUCUUGAUAUUAUUUGCAGUGUCUGUGGAGGCCAGAAGAUGGUGUUGAAUCCCCUGGAGCUAGCGUUAGGGCAGUUCUGAGCCACUCAGUAUCUAGGCUGGGAAAUAAACUUGGGUUCCUAGCAGUACAUAGUCUUGAGCAUUGAGCCUCUAUCUCUACCCUGUAGAGCUGCAUUUUAGCAUCACAAUUCUGUUCCUCUUGUUUGGCUCUUUUUUUUUUUCCCCUCCCACUGAUAGGAAUUUAUUCUUCAUACUUAGUUUGCUUUUUUUUUUUCCUAAAGAGUAUUUCUUUUAGCCAGAUGGUAGUAGUAUAUACCUUUUAUCCCAGCAGAAAGGAGGCAAA